AUGCAGAACCGGACGCUGGGCUUUUGGGCCAAGUCCUUUCAGCGAUGGCAGCUCUUGAGAAAGCAGCAGGAGAUGUCUGACCGCUGCACAGUGGGGCAGUUGGAGAAGGUCUUUCAGGGCUUCGCCCGACCACGGUGCUUGGAGUUAGGAAAACUCUUCGGUGGCCUGAGAUCUUUGUCAGGAGUAUCUUUUGAGAAGACUUCGGUCUCCUUGGCCGAGAUCUUCACUGCCGGUGUGCUGAUGUCUGAGAUCAUCUCCAGCACCAACAAGCUCCGCUUUGUGUUUGGCAUGGUUGAUACGCAGGGAAGGAAUAGCCUCAGUCAGAAGGAGUUCGGCACCUUUGUGCAAAACUUCAUCCACGGGCUAAGUUGUGCCUUCGGACUCUGCAUGCCCAGCGCGGGCAAGGAAGAGCAGAAAGCCGUGCCCACUCGCGGCAGUUGGAGUAGCCUUUUGCUGCAAAGGAGGCAUUCCUCUGCGUGGUCGAACUGUGACGAGGAGCAUCGAACCAGGUACGUGCAGGUGCCAAAGCCGGAGGCCAUCCACCUGAUCGCCCAACGCCUCUACACCAGGAGGGAUCUCUUUUGUUUGGAGCCACAGCGACAGCAUUUUAUUGCCACUGAGCACAGCUUUCUCAACUAUUUCCAGAGGUCGAGCGAGCAUCCUGCAGCCACCGGCCAGCAAGAACAGCGCUUGCCCUUUCCAGUGCUGUUAGACUGGUGUUUUCGCUUGGUCCAGGAUCCACUGGCCAUCCCCUAUGCUUUGGCCAUCGAGCGCUUUUGUCCCCGGGAAACGAGUGCAGACGACAAUCCUGAGAACUUUGAGGUGGAUGAGGAGCAGAUGUUCCACCUGAGCCCCGGUGGAGCUUCAGCCCCGGAUGAACGCGAGGCUGAGGCUGCGCAGUACAUGCCCAGCCGAGCAGAUGUCCUUGCCGCGAGGUAUGUGUACAACUUCGCAGCCGAGCAGAACUACUUUUCGCUGAGCCCGUCGGAGUUGGAGCAUGCCAUGAUCCAGGCAUGGGUUUUUAGAAGACAUGGGCCAGGGUGA